CUGACGAGACACAACCCCUCCCAGGAUCAACCUUCGCACUGUUGUCGGUUUUGCUUUAAUCGCUAUUUAACUCGGCCACGUCGAAGGUCCCCCAAAUCUCAGACCUCACCACUUUUAGGGUUUGACAAGCUCUCACAACCAUUCAUCAUGGCUAACGACGAGUAUGAUUUUCUCUUCAAGGUGGUGCUUAUUGGAGACUCCGGUGUUGGAAAGUCCAACCUUUUGAGUCGUUUCACCCGCAAUGAGUUCAACCUGGACUCUAAGUCAACCAUCGGCGUGGAGUUCGCAACCCGUUCUAUUCAGGUCGAUUCUAAGACGAUCAAGGCGCAGAUCUGGGAUACUGCUGGUCAGGAGCGUUACCGCGCCAUUACCUCUGCCUACUAUCGUGGUGCCGUCGGCGCCCUUCUUGUUUACGACAUCAGCAAGCAUCAAACCUACGACAAUGUUAACCGGUGGUUGAAAGAGCUCAGGGACCACGCAGAUUCCAAUAUUGUCAUCAUGCUUGUGGGAAAUAAGAGCGAUUUGAGACACCUGCGCGCUGUCCCAACUGAAGAAGCUAAGCAGUUUGCCAGCGAGAACAACCUCUCCUUCAUCGAGACAUCUGCCCUUGACGCGAGCAACGUCGAGCUGGCUUUCCAGAACAUCCUCACAGAAAUCUACCGGAUUGUCUCCAGCAAGGCUUUUGAGAAUGGCGACUCGGGCCAGGCCGGUCUUGGCGACCGUCGUCCGGUGGUGGAUAUCAACCCUUCGCAGGACCCUGAGACGAAGCAGGGUUGCUGUUAGAUGAUUUCUUACUGUUAGGGGAUGACACGCCUACCGCAACGAUUUUUAUUUUAUUCUGUGAUGUGAUAAUCGAAUGGUCUUGAUCUUUCUUUUUGUCUGUUACUUAGCCUCCGCGGAGAUGAUACACAAGAGGAACGUUGGGAACGGCAUCCAGGGACACGGUCAUUGUAUGGUGAUGCUUGUGGGACAUCACA